AGGGUUUUCCAGUCUCCACCACGGCACCACCACUCUCAGGCUCUCAGCUCAAGCCUCGGCUCUCUUCCUCACUCACGCGGCCACGCCUUUGCGUUUCUUCGCCGCCGGCUAAACCCUUUCCCGUGUCGUCCCGUACCCCAUUCCCACGCGCCGUCGGCUCAAUCAUUCUCGCCCGCCACCCUAUACAUCUGGAAAACUUUAAGGGCAUCUCCUUUUGAGCUAUCAAGAAUGGCGUCCCAAAAGCCCGAAAAGAAAGGUCCCCCUGAUGCUGCUGAAGAAUUUUUUCAUCACCGCAUGCUACAGCCGGAUGCAAUUUCAAGGGACCGCAGCAAGCUGCCGGGACCAUUGAAUUGGCAAGAACAUAAAAAUACAAGUCAAUGUCACCAGACACGUGUUUGCACCCGUCUAGCAAUGCACUACUACAACUUGGAAAAUCCAGCCAAUAAAGCAACCAAGGGAGUAGCCAAGGAUAGCCACAUGUUUAUCUUGAGGCUUGCUGACAAACAAUGUUUCUGGCACGUGUACUUUAGAGCCACUGUUGCUGGCUGUUCAACACCCUUUUUUGCUGAAUUAAGGGGGGAAGAAAAACCAAAUGAGGUCACAAUGUGCAAGAUUGUCGAUAAAUACAAUGGUUCCGUUGAUAUCUGUGCCCAUUGCUGGGGUGGAAUCAGGCAUCCAAAGGACGGUGGAUUUGUUGGCUACGUAGGAGCAUUGCCUGAGGGGCUGACCAUUAAUCACGCUAACAUGCUGAUGCUUGAGGUCCGGAAAGAAGAGAGAGACUUGAAAGACGAGAAUUGCUGACGACUGGAGGAGAGGUGACGCUGCUGUAUGUGGGGGAAGAAUCUAUCAAGUAUCAAGUGUCAACUGAAUGCAUGGCUUGGAAUGCUCCACGACGAUUGGAAGAUUAGCUAGCUAGCGUCUUCUUUAUGUUGUUGACUACUUGUUCAUUCUGGAAUGCUGUUACGGUUGUUCUUUUGUUGUUGUUGUCACACCUGCAUCUGCAAUUACUCCCCUAUGAGGCAGUCGUUAUUCCAUUGUUUAUUAGUAGGCCGAUCGGUCAGUCACAUAUGAUCGGUCAGUCCCGCUACUCUCAAAACUUAUUAAAAGAAGUGUUGCAAUGUGUCGUUGGAGCAGUUUUGUGGUA